CGACUUUCCCCACUCUUUCUUUCUCCCCUCUUACAUGUGCGCCGGACACGCAGCUCUCUCCCGAGCGGACACUGCAGGGGAAGAAACGAACGAACCCACCAUGGAAUAGGAAUACUGCUGGAAGACCGGGGGAAAAAACCUCUCACAUCCUUCUUCUUCUUCUCUUUUUCUGACGUCUUUUUUCUCUCUUGCAUCUCCCCCGUCUCUCUCGAUGUCUCUCAACAGUUUCUGAAGGGACUGAAGGAAAGAAAAAUGAGGAUUAUUCUUUUUUCUUGGCACUUUCUCGGGGUGUAUUCCGCCCUUUGGGGGCUGGCGACGGGGGCUUUCCCCAGCUCAGUGCAGAUAGGUGGAUUGUUCAUUAGGAAUACUGAUCAGGAGUAUACAGCGUUUCGUCUAGCUAUCUUCCUUCACAACACCAGCCCCAACGCUACGGAAGCUCCCUUUAACCUGGUCCCCCAUGUUGACAACAUAGAAACUGCAAACAGCUUUGCUGUCACCAAUGCAUUCUGUUCUCAGUAUUCAAGAGGGGUCUUCGCCAUUUUCGGCCUUUAUGAUAAGCGCUCGGUCAACACGCUGACAUCAUUCUGUGGGGCCCUGCAUAUCAGCCUAGUGACACCCAGCUUCCCCACUGAAGGAGAGGGCCAGUUCACUCUGCAGCUGCGGCCCUCCAUCAGAGGGGCUCUGCUCUCGCUGCUGGAUCACUAUGACUGGAACCGCUUUGUCUUCCUCUACGAUACAGACAGAGGUUAUGCAAUACUGCAGGCAAUUAUGGAAAGAGCAGGGCAGAACGGUUGGCAGGUGAGUGCCAUUUGUGUGGAGAGUUUCAAUGAGGCAGCAUAUCGCCGACUACUGGAAGACCUGGACCGACGCCAGGAGAGAAAAUAUGUCAUUGACCUGGAGCCUGAGAGACUACAGAACAUACUAGAACAGGCUGUCAGCGUGGGGAAACAUGUAAAAGGUUACCAUUACAUCAUAGCAAAUCUGGGGUUUAAGGACAUAUCUUUGGAGAGGUUCAUGCAUGGAGGGGCCAACGUGACUGGAUUCCAGCUGGUGGACUUCAGUAAACCAAUUGUCAUUAAACUGAUGCAGCGCUGGAAUAAACUGGAUCAGAGAGAGUACCCUGGAUCUGAAAGCCCCCCUAAGUAUACCUCUUCCCUUACCUAUGAUGGCGUCCUAGUGAUGGCUGAAGCCUUCCGCACUCUUCGUCGUCAGAAAAUCGAUAUCAGUCGUCGCGGCAACGCUGGUGACUGUUUGGCGAACCCGGCUGCUCCCUGGAAUCAAGGAAUAGACAUGGAACGAGCACUCAAGCAGGUGCGAAUUCAAGGCCUGACGGGGAACAUUCAGUUUGAUCAUUAUGGUCGAAGGGUCAACUACACCAUGGACGUGUUUGAACUGAAGAGUAACGGACCACGCAAGAUUGGCUACUGGAAUGAUAUAGACAAGCUCGUGUUGGUCCAGAAUGAAAAUGCUCUGUCUAAUGACAGCUCAGCGAUGGAGAACCGCACAGUAGUUGUGACAACCAUCAUGGAGGGUCCCUACGUGAUGCUGAAGAAGAACUGGGAGCUUUACGAAGGCAACGACCAGUACGAGGGAUACUGUGUGGACCUAGCCUCGGAGAUCGCCAAACACAUCGGAAUCAAAUACAAGAUCUCCAUAGUGCCAGAUGGGAAAUAUGGAGCCAGAGAUCCAGAGACCAAAAUAUGGAACGGGAUGGUGGGAGAGCUCGUAUAUGGGAAAGCUGAAAUUGCAGUGGCUCCGUUGACCAUCACCCUGGUGAGAGAGGAGGUGAUUGACUUUUCAAAGCCCUUCAUGUCGCUGGGAAUCUCCAUCAUGAUCAAGAAGCCCCAGAAGUCUAAACCGGGUGUUUUCUCUUUCCUGGACCCACUGGCGUACGAGAUCUGGAUGUGCAUAGUGUUCGCUUACAUUGGAGUCAGUGUUGUGCUGUUUUUGGUGAGUCGCUUCAGUCCAUACGAGUGGCACGCAGAGGAACCUGAGGAGGGUGCUACUGAGCAGGGCCCCACUGACCAACCUCCGAACGAGUUUGGCAUCUUCAACUCGCUGUGGUUCUCUCUGGGAGCCUUCAUGCAACAGGGCUGUGACAUCUCGCCACGGUCUCUGUCUGGACGUAUUGUUGGAGGUGUGUGGUGGUUCUUCACCCUUAUCAUCAUCUCCUCUUACACAGCCAACCUGGCUGCCUUCCUCACUGUGGAGAGAAUGGUCUCGCCCAUAGAAAGUGCAGAGGACUUGGCCAAGCAGACAGAGAUAGCCUACGGGACACUGGACUCAGGCUCUACUAAGGAGUUCUUCAGGAGGUCAAAAAUAGCCGUAUAUGAGAAGAUGUGGUCGUACAUGAAGUCUGCAGAGCCAACUGUCUUCACCAAAACCACAGCAGAAGGUGUGGCAAGAGUCCGCAAGUCCAAAGGGAAGUACGCCUUCCUCCUGGAGUCGACCAUGAACGAAUACACGGAGCAGCGCAAGCCCUGCGACACCAUGAAAGUCGGGGGGAACCUGGACUCCAAAGGAUAUGGAAUCGCAACUCCCAAAGGCUCACAGUUAAGAAACGCGGUCAACCUGGCCGUGCUAAAGCUCAACGAGCAGGGCCUGUUGGACAAAUUGAAAAACAAGUGGUGGUAUGACAAAGGAGAAUGUGGCAGCGGGGGAGGGGAUUCCAAGGACAAGUCGUCCCAGGCUCUGAGCCUGUCCAACGUGGCUGGGGUCUUCUACAUCCUGGUUGGCGGCCUGGGCCUGGCCAUGCUGGUGGCCCUGGUCGAGUUCUGCUACAAGUCACGGGCCGAAGCCAAGCGCAUGAAGCUGUCAUUUUCUGAAGCCAUGCGGAACAAGGCCCGUCUGUCCAUCACAGGAAGUGUGGGGGAGAAUGGCCGCGUCCUGACUCCAGACUGCCCCAAAGCUGUGCAUGCUGGUCACGCCUCUCUCCGACACACCGGCCUUGCAGUGGUCUCCUCCGGACUGCCCUGAAAACCAAAAACACCUGCCGUGCCUUAAUGACACACACAUACAGACUUUGACGAGGACACACACAUGCCUAUAUGUGCUUACACACAAUUACAAACACAUAACACAUACAUACACACAAAGAUGAAUAAAAUAGCAACACAAAUACACAGAUUAGCAUAUCUCAGUACACAUUUUUACACACUGCACAUCAUCAUCUCACGUUCCUGCUGCCAUUGACUUAUUUUAAAAAGAGACAAAUUAAAAACAACUAUGGAGUGAACAGUGGGAAAAACUAAAUCAACAGACAACUAUGACUAUCACACUUGCCUGCAGCGUUUUUAUUUCCAGGAGGACUCCAUCACGCUACCAACAAACUGUCAGGAAAGCCAGCACAGACUUACAAAAAUUGAAUGAACUAUGAGCUGUGAAUAUGACAACAAACCCGAUCAUGAUGAUGAUUGUGAUAAAGAUGAUGAUCACAGCUGACGGUUACAAAAAGACAACCAAACAACUCCGUUCCUGUUCUGUCUUCAGUGGAUGAUGUUGGCCGGUGUGGCAAACCCUUUGACAACGCCUUACUACAACAAACAUCGUUUUCAUCAUCAUCAUCAUCAUCAUCAUCAUGGUCCUCUUCAUCUUAAAUUGCCUGCAAAGACUGAGUGCCAGGUAUAUCACCCUUAGAAGACCAGAAAACUGUAAGCUUGAACGUUUGGACUGUGCAAACCCACUCCUUUGCCAUGGACUGUUCAAACUGAAUGAAAAUGCUUUCUUACUACGCAUAUAGAAUGAUUUCUCACCCAAACCAGUGAGAUGAUCAGCCAAUAUAGAACAGAAGUAACCUCGAACACAUACAUGUGUGGAUGAUCUCGGCCAUAGAAAUCACAGGGGUUUGUAAAAGAAAAAAAAAAUUGUAGUAAUCUAUGAAGUCCUUCAUCAACAGCAUCAUCAU